AUGCCUUUCACCAUGCAGCCAGAGACCGCAGCCUUCCCCUCCCUUCGGGAGUACAUCCAAUCCCGUCUGGCUACGGAGAUUGACUGGGAAGGCUUCGAGUUCUUCAUGACAAUGUUCUUCUUCUAUUUCAUGGUCUACCACUUGGCCCGACACGGAGUCCUGUCUGCGUUGUUUGCGGCAUCGCAGAAUCCCGACACGGGGCUCCAACAGCUCGGACACUCGGUGUCACAAUACCUGAAAACCGUCCUCCAGACCCUGCAAAUGAGCGGGCUAUUCCUAGUCAUGGCGUACGUGCUAGGAAUGCCCGGCCUUGCUGCCAUUUGUGGGUUCUUACUUCUCUUCGCCUUCUUCCAAGAGUACUGUCGCGCUGUUACGAAAGCGCGCACUCUUGCAACUCCUUUUCUGUCACGGGGCAUACGACAAUUCAAAGACUCUGUCGACCUGGUCGCUCUCCUUGUCCAGGUCGCCGUCGCCAUUUACAGAGUCUGCUCCACGACGUGGCACUUCUGCACCUCCGUCACCAAAAUCUCAAGCUGGAGCACGAUCAAGAACACCUUGGACCCGGUUACUCGUCCUGUCUUGAAUCAGCUCCAAAAGCCGAUGCAAUUCGUCGCCGCCCUCGUCAAGACAAUCUCGGAACUUCUGUUCCGACUACGGGGCGGUCGCGAGGCCCUCAGAGCCGCGUUAGAGAAACACGCCAAGCUCGCCGAGGAGAAUGCACGGCUGACGGCAGAAGUAAAGGCCCUUCAGAUCCUCCGAGCGCCCAAGGACAAGCAAGGGAUCUGGAUUCAGGAGCGGCGGGCCAUUGAGGCACCGCCGACCUGUUUCCAGACCCAAGCUCUCCGGAAGGCCGAAAAGGACUGUCGGGCAGCCGAAAAGGACGCCAAGCGAUGGCGGAAGCAGUGGGAGGACUGCCAAGCCAACAUCGCCGAGCUCGAGGCCCUCGACGACGACGCCGAGGCGCGCGUCCGUGCCGCCACCGCUCAGAGAGAUGAGCGAAUCCGAGCCUUAGAGGCCGAGCUGACGGCCGUUGCUGCUUCGGCAGCUUCGAAAGUCAGAGCCAUGACAGCGGCUCUUGAAGCUGAGAAGGCCGAGUCUGACAAACUCCGGUCUUCUCUCAAAGCUGAAGAGACCAAGUCUGGCAAGCUCGAGUCUCGCCUUGGAGAGGAGGUUGCUCUGCUCACGCGUGAGAGGGACGCCGAGCGAGCACUCCUCGAAAAGGUCAGGACGGAGGCGGCCGAGGCCGAACGAGCAGCCGCGGACCAGGUUCGCGAACAGAAAGACGCUGAGAUCAGCGUCUUGAAGGCACAGAUGGCGGAGGCUACAGCCGAAGCCGCGGUGGUUGUGGUGGCCACCGCAGAGAUUGGCGUUCAGACCGAUCUCGCUGUCGAGGCAUCUCCGGCUAUCACGCCGGUAGGUGUUGAGGCAGGCACUCAAACCGAGUGUAUCGGUCUGAACGACCAAUCUCAGAACGCCGCGUUCGUGAACCUGGAGACCGAGCUGCUCGCGAGCAAGAAGGAGCUUGAGAAGACAGGCAAGGACCUGGAGGCAUACAAGUUUGCCUGGAAGAAGACCUCGGAGGACCUGUGCAGCUGCAACGGGGACCUGCAGAAGGCCCUGAAGGAGGCAGCAGAGCUGCGCUCCCGGAACCACCAAGGCGGCCACGAGUUGCAGCAGAGCAAGCGGGAGGUGGCAGAGCUCAGAGAGCUGCUGUCCCACCGCCAGCAGGAGGCUACAAACCUCAUGCAACAGCUCCAUCGCUGCAACGAGGCCGCCGAAAAGCAGCUGCCAGCGACGGAAGAGGUGAAAUACUGGAGAGGGCGAACGGAAGCCCUCUCGAGAGACCUGGCGAACCUGCACGCAGAGAACGUGCAAGCAAAGGGAAGCCGCCAGGAAAUCCUGGAGAAGUUCCAGGUGGGCGAAAAGCAAUAUUAUGCUUUGAGCCAACGAUUGGAAAAGAGCGAGGCAACCGCGCGAGACCUCGAGAAACAACUGAAGGCGGAGCGCGAAGCACGCGCCCGGGACGCCCAGGCCCCCAUGAUCAACAGCCAAGUCGAAAGCCUGCAGAGACAGGUCAUGACAAAAGACGACGAGAUCCGGGGCCUGAGGCGGGAAAUCAACCAGCAGAAGCUGGAUUCCGACGCCGCCAUCAGCACACCAAGGUCCGACCGGGUCGGCACCUCGCCCUUUCCCACGCCAUCCAAGACUCCCCUCUCGAAAAUGUUCGAGAACAAAGUCCGCGAACAUGCGGAAGACACCAAGAAGCAUGCGAUCGAGAAGCAGCAGCUCGAAAGCAGAAUCGCUUCGCAGGCCAAGGAUCUCAAGCAACUGUGGGAUACCAAGGACCAGCUCGAACAGGAGCGGGAGAAACUAGAGGCGGAGGUCAAGAAGCUUCGGGAACAAAUCACCGACGAAGCCAUGGAUGUGGCUUUCGCCCGGGAGUUCUACGAAGACGACAAAGAAGACAUCCGACAGGCCCAAGAGGAGGCCGAAAGCUGGAAGACGCAGUUCGACGAGGCACAGGCGUCGGUGCAGAACAUGCAACUCGACUUGCAGUUCAAAGAAGGCCAAGUGGAUGCAGCGCGCAUGCAGGCCGACCUGUACAAACAACAGGCGCAGAGCCGCGCGGUCCACGACGAGCCGGAUGCACCGCGCCUGCACAAACGCAGCGCCGCCGAGGACAGUCCGGGUGAGCAAAAGAAGAAUCAGGACACCAAGAAGAAGAUCCUGACAGCACGUCAUUACAGAGGCGUGCUGCCGUCUACCCGACUCCACCAAGAGCACAUUGAUCGUUCUCAGCAGGCGGCGCAGGCACCUCAAGCGAACGUCUUCCAGCACCUCCAGGCGCCGGCGCAGCUGGUUCCUCCUCCUCCACAAGCCACUCAGACCGCCGCCACAGCAGCGGCGGCUGAGGAAGACGUGGACGAAUCGUCCAUUGUCUCGGAGGAGGAGUGA